AUAGAAGAAGCAACUUACAACUAACGCAGUGAUAAGCAACGCAUCUCUUUCCUCCACUUUCCUUUCAAAUUAAUACUUUCAAAGAUGCUCUCCACGCGUAUCCAAUGCGCACUGGCGCUCCUGUCGCUCGCGCUCGCUGUCAGCAGCGUCUCGGCAGCACCUUCAGACGCCAAACUCCGCCAACUUCUACAAAGAUCUCUCCUCAACCCGGCUGGAAAACAGGAAAUCGCCAGAUACACACUUGCAGACCUGCUCUCAGAGCUCGUGCAAGCAGAAAACGAAGCCCUGGAGCCGGAGGAUGUGUCUCGCUCUGUGGAAAAAGAUGACGUGCGUCUCGAGCUGGAGCGAGCCGCCGGUCCCAUGCUAGCACCCCGCGAGCGCAAAGCCGGAUGCAAGAACUUCUUCUGGAAAACUUUCACGUCGUGUUAAUUACAACACAAAGCGUUUUUUUUGUGUGUGUGUGUGUUUUUUUUUUUUUUUUGGCUUUAAUUUUCUUUUUUUAUUCCUUCUUUUCUCAGUCUUUCACACAUUCCUGAUCAUAUCCAGACUGUAUAUAAGAAAAUAAAAACGGCUAUAGCCUAUUUAUCCUAUAACGAUGAUAGCUUUCAUUGACUAUUUAUGUAUCGAAGCUGUUGAUGUGUCAUCGGAAAGAAUGUUUUACGGAUGUGAGCAAAUCUGCUUUUACUUGUACUUUACGUAUUAAAGCAGAUAUUACUAUUUUUGAUUGUUUGUUUGAAUAAAAUCUAUG